CGCAGAGCCAGGGGACGCGCCAGCGCGCCGCCAUGGAGCGCAUCGAGGGGGCGGCCGUGAGCCGCUGCUCAGCCUCGCCGUACCUGCUGCCGCUCACGCUGCACUACCGCCAGGCUCUGCCCCAGGGCAUCACCUCCUCCUGCCGUUCCCCAGGAGGCAGUGCGGUACCACGGCUGCCUCCCUUGGCGCCGUGCAUGGAGUAGGUUCACAGGAAACACAUGUUUGUCCAGUUUGGGCCCCCACCCUUUGCGUGCAGCUCCCCUGGAGUCCACUGUGCCAUCCAGUGCCAUGAAGAUGAGCCAGGCCUGGGUCCGGACCACCUGGGUGGGGGUCCUGCAGGAGGGGCUGCCUGGGCCUCAGUGGACCUCUCUGGACCCUCCCCUCCACCUUGCCUGGACCUCAGAAUGGCGCCCAGAAGUCGUGGGACUUCAUGAAGACUCACGAUAGCGUGACCAUCCUCCUGUUCAACUCUUCCCGGAGGAGCCUGGUGUUGGUGAAGCAGUUCCGGCCAGCCGUGUACGCUGGCGAGGUGGAGCGUCUCUUCCCGGGGUCCCUGGCCGCUGCGGAGCUGGAUGGGCCCCGGGCGCUGCCCGCGGCGCUGCCUGGCUCGGCAGGGGUCACCUACGAGCUGUGCGCCGGCCUCCUGGACCAGCCCGGGCUCUCACCGGAAGAGGUGGCCUGCAAGGAGGCCUGGGAGGAGUGCGGCUACCGCCUGGCGCCCUCUGACCUUCGCCGGGUGGCCUCGUACAAGUCUGGUGUGGGACUGACCAGCUCCAGCCAGACCAUGUUCUACGCGGAGGUGACGGAUGCCCAGCGGGGAGGCCCAGGCGGGGGCCUGGCUGAGGAGGGAGAGCUCAUCGAGGUGGUGCACCUGCCCCUGGACGGCGCCCGGGCCUUUGCGGACGACCCGGAUGUUCCCAAGACCCUCGGCGUGAUCUUUGGUAUCUCGUGGUUCUUCAGCUGUGUGGCCCCUGGCCUGGGUCCCCAGUGAGAGUCCCGCAGACCCAAUAAAGGCUUGCAUCACUCUC